CAUCUCUCCCUCCUCACCUCCUCAUCUCUUGUGAAUGCUGUGGUGAGCUCAUUGCAGCAGCAGCAGCAGCAGCAGCAGCAGCAGUAGCAUAGACUCCGCUUAGUCACCGAGAUGACUUCCUUUGUCCUCCGCGGCGGUCGCCAGCUCGCCUUGCGGACGACACGUUUGCGAGCCGUUGCUUCGCCGGUCGGCGCUCUGCGUGCGACGACGACGACUGGUUCGUCAUGGAAUAUCUCCCUCAGACGUUCUCUGCACACCUCUAUCCAGCAGCAGCCGCCCUCGUCGAGACGGCCGGUCUACACCAGCUCCGUUGCGGAUCACGGUGACCCGCACCCUCGCGAUGUCUUCCAGCCCCUCGAUACUUUCCCCCGCAGACACAUUGGGCCCUCGCCCGAGGACGCCAGCGAGAUGCUGGCCGCCCUCCAGCCGCCCGUGGCCUCGCUGGACGAGUUCGUGGCGCAGGUGCUGCCGAAAGACAUCCUAUCCAACAAGGACCUGACCGUCACACCGCCCUCGGCGGAGAUCAGUCUCUACCACGACAGCGUGCAUGGCGGGCUGGGGGAGACCGACAUGCUGAAGCUGCUCGACACGUACCGGAAAGACAUUGAUGCCACGGGUAAAUCCUACCUGGGCUGUGGCUACCACCCGACCAUCGUCCCGCCCGUCAUCCUCCGCAACAUUCUGGAGAACCCAGCGUGGUACACCAGCUACACCCCUUACCAACCGGAGAUCAGUCAGGGGCGGCUGGAGUCGCUGCUGAACUUCCAGACCCUGACUGCGGAUCUGACCGGUCUGCCCUUUGCCAAUGCCUCGGUGCUGGACGAGGCCACCGCCGCGGCCGAGGCCAUGACCAUGUCGCUCGCUUCACUCCCCAUGUCCAAGCAGAAGAAGCCCGGCAAGGCCUAUGUUGUCUCCCAUCUGUGCCACCCGCAGACCCUGGCUGUCAUGCAGUCCCGCGCCGAAGGAUUCGGUAUCCAACUCGUCGUCGGAGACGUCUUGGCCGACGACUUCAAGCUCGUCAAGGAGCAAGGUGACAGCCUGGUCGGUGUGCUGGCCCAGUACCCGGACACCGAGGGUGGUGUCUUUGAUUUCCAGGCCCUGGGUGACGCCGUCCACAGCGCCGGUGGUGUCUUCAGCGUCGCUACCGACCUGCUGGCUCUGACCGUGCUCAAGGCGCCCGGGGAGUUCGGCGCCGAUAUCGCCUUUGGUAGCUCCCAGCGCUUGGGUGUGCCCAUGGGCUUUGGCGGCCCGCACGCCGCCUUCUUCGCCUGCGCCGACAAGUACAAGCGCAAGGUGCCCGGCCGUGUCGUCGGCGUCUCCAAGGACCGUCUGGGGAACCGCGCCCUGCGACUCGCCCUGCAGACCCGCGAGCAGCACAUCCGCCGUGAGAAGGCCACCAGCAACAUCUGCACCGCCCAGGCACUGCUCGCCAACAUGAGCGCCAUGUACGCCGUCUACCACGGUCCCACGGGCCUCAAGGCGAUCGCCCAACGCAUCAUGUCCAUGACCGCCAUCCUGCGCGAGAAGCUCGUCGCCCUCGGCUUCAACGUCCCCAUCAAGUCUAACGCUGACCAGGGCGUGCUCUUUGACACCCUCACCGUCGAGCUCGGCAGCAGCGAGGAGGCGGAUUCCAUCAUCGCAGCCGCGCGUCAGGAGUCGCUAUACCUCCGUCGUCUGACCCCGACGAAGAUCUCGGUCUCCCUCAACGAGACCGUGGGCCGGGAAGAGGUCAAGACCAUCCUCCAAGUGUUUGCCCAGGGAAAGCAAGAGGUGGCCCUGACGGAAGAGUUGCACCUGGUCUCGCUCCCCGCCAACCUGGAGCGGACGUCGGCCUAUCUGACGCAUCCGGUCUUCAACACCCACCACUCCGAAACGGAAAUGCUGCGGUACAUCCGUCACUUGGAGUCCAAGGACCUCUCUCUGGCUCACUCGAUGAUCCCGCUCGGCUCGUGCACCAUGAAGCUGAACGCCACGACGGAGAUGAUCCCCGUCUCGUGGCCCGAGUUCUCCAACGUCCACCCGUUCAUGCCUGCCGAGCUCGCCCGGGGCUACACCCGCAUGAUUGACGAUGUCGAGCAGCAGCUGGCCGACAUCACGGGCAUGGCCGAGGUCACCGUGCAGCCCAACUCGGGCGCGCAAGGAGAGUUCGCUGGCUUACGCGUCAUCAAGAAGUACUACGAGGCCAACGGCGGCGCCAAGCGCAACGUAUGCUUGAUCCCCGUCUCCGCCCACGGAACCAACCCGGCCAGCGCCGCAAUGGCGGGCAUGCGGGUCGUCACGAUCAAGUGCGACGCCAAGACGGGCAACCUCGACCUGGCAGACCUCCAGGCCAAAUGCGAGAAGCACCGCGACGACCUGGCGGCCAUCAUGAUCACCUACCCGAGCACCUUUGGCGUAUUCGAGCCGGGCGUCAAGGAGGCCUGCCGCCUCGUGCACGAGCACGGCGGUCAGGUCUACAUGGACGGCGCCAACAUGAACGCCCAGAUCGGCCUCUGCUCGCCCGGCGAGAUUGGCGCGGACGUCUGCCACCUGAACCUGCACAAGACCUUCUGCAUCCCACACGGCGGCGGUGGUCCGGGCGUCGGCCCCAUCGGCGUCGCCGAGCACCUGCGCCCGUUCCUCCCCUCCCACCCGGCCAGCGAGUACCUGCAAUCGAAGCGGGCGGGCGGCACGGCCUCGCCGCCCAUCAGCGCGGCCCCCUGGGGCAGCGCCAGCAUCCUGCCCAUCACCUUCAACUACAUUAACAUGAUGGGGGCCAAGGGCCUGACGCACGCCACCAAAAUGACCCUGCUGAACGCGAACUACAUCCUAUCCCGCGUGCGCGAGCACUACCCGAUCGUGUACCUCAACGAGAACGGGCGGUGUGCGCACGAGUUCAUCCUCGACGCGCGCCAGUUCAAGGAGACCUGCGGCGUGGAGGCGAUCGACAUCGCCAAGCGGCUGCAGGACUACGGCUUCCACGCGCCCACCAUGUCAUGGCCCGUAGCCAACACGCUGAUGAUCGAACCCACCGAGUCCGAGAACAAGGCCGAGCUCGACCGUUUCUGCGACGCCCUGAUCGCCAUCCGUGCCGAGAUCGCCGCCGUCGAGGCCGGCGCCCAGCCGCGCGAGGGCAACAUCCUCAAGAACGCCCCGCACACCCAGCGCGAUCUGCUUACCUCGCAGUGGGAUCGGCCCUAUUCGCGCGAGACCGCGGCCUACCCGCUCCCUUACCUGUUGGAGAAGAAGUUCUGGCCCUCGGUCACCCGUGUGGACGACGCUUUUGGCGACCAGAACUUGUUCUGCACGUGUGGGCCGGUCGACGAGACGGAGUGAUUCUUUAGAUUCUUCUAUAGAUUCAUCUUUUCAUGAUUACUACGACUUGCAUUCAACAUAGACAUGGGUGGCGUUCGGACACUUGGGUUUCAACAUAUACCCCAAGCGAAUAGAGGAC